UUGUUUUAUUUGAAGAACUGCACGUAAUAGUAUCAACAGAAGCUGAAAGAAGCAGGUAAAUAUAUAGACAAGUGUGCCUAGUUUUAAAUUGUUUUGUGGAGUGAACAAAUGGAGUCACAAAAUACGCCUAGUGUUCCUUCUGAAAAUUGCAAACCUUCGAAAUCCUGAAACUGUAGUCCAACUAAGCCUAACUUCAACACCUCAUCAAUAUUCACGACAAUGUCCUCGUCCUUAAACGUCAGAAACGAAGGACAGUCGCGGAAACCAUUUAGUUUUACCGUUGCCUCCCUUUUAGCUGACACAAGACCUUCCUUACAAAGUGAUGAGCGCCAUCGCGUUAGCACAGAAAAUGUCGAGGACUUGCGUAAAACUAACUUAAGUAAAAAGCCUAGUAAAGAACCUUACAAUGCCACCAAAAAUGUCUUUUCUAUUGAUAAGCUAGUCCGUCAAGACAGUUCUUUUCUAAAGGACUUGCGAGAAGUUCGAACCCAGCCGAUGGCCCCCAUCCCUAAGCACGUGAUGCCGGUGAAGACUGGUCUGUUGUCCACAGCUGUUCGAUGCUCCUUACCGUGGAACCCUGCCGUUAUUAUGGCCGGUCAAGUUUCGUGGCUACCUAACGAAAACCAGCUGAUAUCUUGUUCGACUAAAGCAAAGCUAGGCGAGAUACCCAAACUUGCUAAUGUGAAAUGUCAACUGAGACGGCACAAAAGCAACCGAAAGCCCCGGACUCCCUUCACCACACAGCAGCUGCUGACACUAGAGAGGAAGUUCCGAACAAAACAGUACCUAUCCAUUGCUGAGCGAGCCGAGUUCUCCAGCUCCUUAAGCCUAACGGAGACGCAAGUUAAGAUCUGGUUCCAAAACAGAAGAGCGAAGGAAAAACGACUGAAGGAAGCCGAGCUGGAGAAGCUUCGAAUGGCUUCUAGACCGCUGCUGCACGCAAACUUCGGACUAAGCGUUCCUCACCUCAGCACAAUUCUUCCAUCCACCCCUGUAGCUCUUUCUACUUCUACUUGUACCGCAGAUUUUUUGACACCAUUUUACACCCGACCUAUGAUCCUCGACCAGCCAGUGAAAGCUACGUACUACUCCCCAGCAUCUAUUCACUCCACAAUUUCAGAUAACUUGGCCACUUAAAAGAAGUAAAAUCUUAAAGAGAAAUAUGGCGUUGGUAUAAAAGAAUAGCUGACUGAUUUUCAGAAGUUAAGCAAGUCGUGACAUUUCUACUUUGCCCUUGAGUACGUAGCUGCUUAAAGAAGUAUUCAGAAUCGUUUGUUUUUAGGCGCUCAGCUUCGUCACAAUCCUGUACCGCAACAGUGGUUGACUGGAAGAUAUAAAACUUAGCUGAGAGUGCCAGGGUAAAUAUAUAUAUAUGUCGUCCAAAGCAUAUUUAUUGAUAACCUGUUCGACUAGAUACGACCUCUGUUACAAAAAUGAUCUUGUAAAAAAAAAUUAAUAAUACCUUCACUAUAAUA